AUGGUGGAUGCUGGUAAAAAGGGCACUAUAUAUCAAUCAGUUCUACCUGCAAGUGAUUCCUUUAUCAGACGCCAUAUCGGUCCAGGACCACAGGAACAAGCUGCUAUGUUACAAGAAUUAGGCUUACAGUCAAUUGAGGAACUAAUUGACCUGUCCGUGCCGGAAAAUAUCCGUAUAAAUCAUCAGUUGAAUUUACAAGAGCCUUACGAUGAACGCAAGCUUUCCCUUAGAAUUCAAAAAAUUGCAGAAGAAAAUAGAAUUUUCCGAUCCUAUAUUGGUAUGGGCUAUGCCGAUUGUGUCGUUCCUAAGUGUAUUAGAAGAGGUCUCUUUGAAAAUGCUGGAUGGAUUACCCAAUAUACACCAUACCAGCCGGAAAUCUCGCAGGGCAGACUAGAAAGUUUAUUAAAUUAUCAAACUAUGGUUUCGGAUUUAACGGGAUUGCCAAUGGCUAAUUCAUCAUUACUGGAUGAAGGUACAGCUGCAGCGGAAGCUAUGUCUUUGUGUUUUCGAGAUAAACAUAAGAACAAAUUCUUAGUGGAUGAACAAUGCCAUCCUCAAACUAUUGCUGUGGUCAAGACACGAGCUAGGUUAAGAGAAUGGAAAUUGACAUAUUUGCUUUUUCGCUAUUACUUCGAUUUUACUGGCGGUGACGUAGCUGGGGUACUUAUUCAGUACCCUGAUACCAAUGGCGCUGUGUACGACAUUGAACAGUUGAUACAAAAGAUACAUGAGAAUGGGGCAUUAGCUGUUUGUGCAACAGAUCUUCUUGCUUUAACACUCUUGAAACCACCCGGAGAAUUUGGAGCUGACAUCUGCAUUGGUAACAGUCAGCGAUUUGGUGUUCCUCUCGGUUACGGAGGCCCUCAUGCGGCUUUUUUCGCUACUCGAGCAGAUAUGGCUAGGUUAAUUCCAGGAAGAGUGAUUGGAGUUUCUAAAGACACUGAAAACAAUCCAGCCUUUCGAUUGGCAUUACAAACUCGCGAACAACAUAUUAGAAGAGCGAAAGCAACUAGUAAUAUUUGUACGGCUCAGGCAUUAUUGGCUAAUAUGUCAGCUAUGUAUGCAGUGUAUCAUGGGCCGAAAGGAUUAAAAGAAAUAGCUACAAGAGUACACAAUGCCGCGUUAUUGUUAGCCGAAGGACUACUUCGGGCUGGUCAUCAAAUUCCAGUAGAACCAUUCUUUGAUACUGUAAAGGUAAUUUGUAAUAUGCAUAUACGCAGGAACUCAACUGAAAUUAUGAAAAGGGCAACCAAAUGUAAAUUAAAUUUUCGAAAGUUCGAUGAGACAACGGUUAGCGUGACUUUAGACGAAACUGUGGACGAAAAUGAUUUAAAUGAUUUACUUUGGGUCUUUGGCCUAUAUUACAACGUUGAAACACUAAGCCGUAAGAUUGAAGCUGAAGGCAGAAAAGUUAUCAGUGAUGUUGUUGGCGGUCGGUUUGAAAGAGCUAGCCCAUAUUUACAACAUCCUGUUUUUAACACUUAUCACACUGAAACCGACAUUGUUAGAUACAUGAAACAUCUUGAGAAUAAGGAUUUAUCUUUAGUUCAUUCUAUGAUUCCCCUGGGUUCCUGCACAAUGAAACUUAAUGGAUCAACCGAAUUAGAGCCCUCAUCUAUGCCUGAAUUUUCUGAACUUCAUCCUUUUAUACCAUCGGAACAAGCACAAGGCUACCGUACACUCUUUAAAGAAUUAGAAACAGAUUUAUGUGAAAUAACUGGAUUCGACAACGUUUGCUUCCAACCUAAUAGUGGCGCUCAAGGGGAAUAUACUGGUCUACGAACAAUCAAGCAAUACUAUGAAUACCAUGGGCAAGGCCAUCGAAAUGUCUGCCUAAUACCUAAAUCUGCCCAUGGUACUAAUCCAGCUAGUGCAACUAUGGCUGGAUUGAAAGUUGAGGAAGUUGCUGUUGAUCAGAAGACAGGAUAUAUUGAUAUGCUUGACUUGAAAAAGAAGGCUGAAAAAUUUAAAGAUACACUAAUUUCGUUUAUGGUAACAUAUCCUUCUACGUAUGGUAUCUUCGAGGAGAAUAUUCGUGAAAUGUGUGACUUAAUUCAUGACUUUGGGGGCCAGGUAUACAUGGAUGGUGCAAAUAUGAACGCACAAGUUGGUAUAUGCCGCCCGGGAGACUUUGGAGCUGAUGUUUCCCAUCUUAACUUACAUAAGACAUUUUGCAUUCCUCAUGGCGGUGGUGGUCCAGGAAUGGGUCCAAUUGGAGUGAAACGACAUCUUACACCGUUUUUACCAACCCAUCCAAUUACUCCUCCCGCUACUGAAGGAGAGUUACACCCUUUUGGAGUGAUCUCAUCAUCAGCAUGGGGAUCUUCUGCGAUCUUACCUAUAUCGUGGGCUUAUAUUAAAUUAAUGGGUCGUAAAGGAUUAAAGCAUGCAUCGGAGAUUGCUAUCCUAAACGCUAAUUAUAUGGCGAAAAGAUUAAGUAAAUACUACAACUUGCAGUUUACAGGCGAAAAUGGUUACGUAGCACAUGAAUUCAUACUUGAUGUAACACCAUUCAAAAGUGUAAAAAUCGAAGCUAUAGAUAUCGCUAAACGACUACAAGAUUAUGGUUUUCAUGCUCCUACAAUGUCAUGGCCUGUAGUAGGCGCUUUAAUGAUCGAACCUACCGAAUGUGAAAGUAAAAUGGAAAUGGAUCGAUAUUGCGAUGCCCUCAUUCAAAUUCGACAAGAAAUAAUGAACAUUGAGGAGGGAAAAAUGGAUCCAGUUGUAAAUCCAUUGAAGAUGGCACCACAUACGCAGCAAAUUGUAUCAUCCAGUAACUGGAAUCGGCCAUACUCAAGGGAGCAGGCAGUUUAUCCAGCUCCGUGGUUGCGGUAUAAAAAGUUCUGGCCCUCGUGCGCUCGAGUAAAUGAUGAAUAUGGUGAUCGCAACUUAGUAUGUACAUGCCCUCCAAUGGAUUCAUAUGAAUCUAAAGCGCCUGAAGUUAUCGCAGAUAAAGCGAAAAUGACUGCUUAA